AGCUCCCCAGAUCGCAGUUCGCAGUCUACCUUUUACGGAGAUAGAGGAAAAAAAAUCUUGUUUUUAGAAAGUGUUUUGUGCAAUAAUUUCCAGCUCAGCGCUGGUUGGUGACUAAUCUUCUCGCAUUAGGGCGAAUCGAAUGUGUCGUUACCAUUUCCGGAUACUUGCAGCUGUUCCUGAGGGUGCUUGAUUUGCAAAUUUUCAGUUUGUUUCCCUUGUGUUUCAAGCAUCCCACGGUCAGUCAACGAGAAACAAGCAUAAUUUCGCAUCGUUGUUGCUACGUUUGAAGGUGGGCGCAGAGGAGAAAAAAAAAGACGGCCGAGCGCGUCGAAGGCGAACCAGAUUAAUUAUUGUCGGAGGUGAAAAACUAGAACAUCGGUCCGGAAUGCCUCCGUAUCGCUAUCCGACGCAGAACUUCACGUACGUGAGCUCGUGCGUGAAGUAUAUGAUAUUCUUGCUGAAUUUUAUCUUCUGGUUGUUUGGAGGACUGUUGAUCGGAAUCGGAUUCUAUGCCUUUGUGGACAAAUGGCAGGCUACCGGUUUGAUAAAACUGGAAACGAUCUACGACAUUGUGCUGAACAUUUCGCUAGUAAUGAUCAUUUCUGGUGGGAUUGUUUUCGUGGUGAGCUUUGCUGGAUGUUUGGGAGCGCUACGGGAGAAUACCUGCCUGCUGAAGUUCUAUUCGCUCUGUCUGCUGAUGUUCUUCCUGUGUGAAAUGGCAGUGGCAAUCGUCGGAUUUGUGUUCCCUCACAAGAUGAAUAUUGUCCUGGAGGAUUCGUUUACAGACAAAAUUAUUACCACCUAUCGAGACGAUCCGGAUCUACAGAAUUUAAUCGACUUCGCGCAGCAAGAGUUCCACUGCUGUGGAUUAAGCAACGAAGGAUAUUUGGACUGGGGCAAGAACGAAUACUUCAACUGUUCGUCGCCAAGUGUGGAAAAAUGCGGCGUUCCGUACAGUUGCUGCAUCAAUGCCACCGAUAUCUCCUCCGGCCUGGUAAACAUCAUGUGCGGCUACCAUAUCCAACAGCAAUCGGUAGCCGCCGCGAGUAAAAAGAUUUGGACCAGCGGUUGCAUCGAGAUCGUGCGUGUCUGGGCCGAACGGAAUCUCUAUCUGAUAGCAGGCAUAGCGCUCGGAGCAGCCCUCAGUCAGCUGUUUGUGAUUUACCUCGCCAAAACACUGGAAGGUCAGAUCGAUCUGCAGAAAAGUCGUUGGUCGUCGUGAGCUUACGUGGGCUGGGGCGGUGGACGAGCGGUUUAAGCGCGCGCGUGCGCAAGACGAUAAUGAAUGAACUGAAAGACUAUGAAUCUAGAUUCCAUCGAUAAGUGUGUAUUAGAAAGCGUCUAGAGAGAGAUGGCGAGCCCUUAUGUUGACCGCAUACUGUGACUAUUUUAGGCAUUGUUUCCCCACCACCCCCCACCCCAACCCGGAUCGAACUGGCGCGUAUUUGAAUUGCACGUACCGUGGACCCCCGGUAAUCUUUAAUCUGAACACUUUUUAGUUUGAACCCCGCUAAUCUGCACACCGUGCAAACUAAAAAUUGCUCAAACGUCAUCUAGCACAUGGAAUAGAGUAAAGCGAAACGGAACGCAGAAUCAAAACAAAACAGCAAAUAAGGCUACCAGAAACUCCCUUUUCUGAUGGUCGUAGGUUUACUGGAAGUUCAAAUUAAAAAUGUACUCCGUUAAUAUGCACGAAGUGUCGUUCAGAUUAACGGGGGUUCACGAUAAUACGAAGCUGUGAAAAAUCUCCUGGGAAUGAAUUCGACAAGCUAGCGUUUAGUGUUUACUAUAUCUAGUGUUUACGUUUAAACAAACUAUAGAAGUACAUUUAUAACA